AUGAACCACUGGCUCGCACUGAUUCAAGGCUGCGAUUGGUCGGAGAAUGAGGUGACACCACUUGGAUCCGCCUACUUUCUGAUAUCUGAAGUGGUUGCGCUAGGAGUUGUCGUCAGAAAUUUGAAUAAUGAAGGCACCGGUGCAGGUGUUGGUCAGAUGUCGGUGGGAUCAACGGCAAGGCCGAAGCCUCCACCUCUUAUGUUGCAAUUUGAGGGAAAAAACUUCUCACGGAAAUUCGUACCUGAUUCUGCUCUGCUCUCGUUUGAAGUGGUGCGAACGGAAAUAGAAGGGGAGAAGACGAUGCUCUACAAAAGUGAACCGCUGAAAAAUUCAUCACGUGUGCCUUGGAAGCCGUUCACAUUGUUUUGCCAGGAAGUCAGCGAUGAAACAACAAGGUUGCAAAUCUUCUACGAACAUUACGGUUUAACAACGUUGCCUCAGUUGCCGGUUUCUCAAAAUCGUUUUUGCAGGCAGUUAGAGGUUGUCUGUUACUUCAAGGACGAAAAAUACCGUAACAGCAUUGCCGGCAGUUUCACCACCACUCAUCACGAGCUUCGAACUGCUCAAGAACCAUUCACGUUAACAAAUCCUCUGUUCAAAGGACGUCAGAAGGUUUGCGCUCAGUUCGACGUACUCAAACGCACCGAACUAACUAUCUGCUCUUUCCUAGAUUACAUAAGCUUUGGGUGA